GACUGGGGGGUUAUUUUUUAACCAGUCGUGUUUGGCUUUGGGAGAUUAAAUCAUCGGUCUUUGGGGGUAAAAUGUGACGGGCGGAGAUGAUGAGGGCUGCAGCGGUUCUUUGGGUUCUCGGGGUGCUGAUGGCACUUGGGGAAGCGAUUGUUUUGGUGAGUGGAAACAAGAGCAGCGAACAGCAGCAGGAGUACAGGCCGGAGGGACCUUUGGUUAUGUGCAAGUUUCUGCCUGUGGAUUUCAUCGAGUGUGAGGAGCCUUUCGAUCACAAGGGGAAUAAAAGCGCGAAGAUUGAGAGCGGUUAUGGGUGUAUCAAGUUUGGAGGUUCUCGAUACGACGAAGUGGAGAAAGCCAACGUCUCCUGCACAGUCCUCCCCGACAUCGAGUGCUACGGCCCCAGGACCUUCUACAGGGACGGUGUUCCCUGCAUAAAAUACAGUGGCCACUACUUCACCCUGACCCUCCUCUACAGCAUCCUCCUGGGGUUCCUGGGGAUGGAUCGCUUCUGCCUGGGUCACACCGGCACAGCUGUGGGCAAACUGCUGACCCUGGGGGGCCUGGGCAUCUGGUGGAUCGUCGAUGUCAUCCUCCUAGUGACCAAUUCCCUCUUACCCGAGGACGGGAGCAACUGGAAUCCAUUCGUAUAGCAAAAUCCUGAAGUAAACCAAGUUAAAAAAUUAUGGAGCCCUCGCCCCUGGGGAUUGCGAAUUGUUUUUCCUAAUAAUUGUUGACUUUUGUGAAUGGGAAGUGUUCAGGCUCUGAAGUUGUUUGGGUUAAAAUAAUUAAUAAUUACAGACAAGAACCCGAUUCUCGAAAUUCAACACAUGCAGGAGGGUCUCCAGUUUGUAUAUAUUAUCUCAGACUUGAUGAAGUCUCUUCGGAAGCUAAUUCCACGUCAAGUUUACUUCUUGCAUUUAAACGAAACAAAUAUGUACAUAUUUUUAUCGAAAACAAGGCGAUGUGUAAAUAAAUGAAUUUUUGUAUUCUAAAAGUCAA